CUGUUCUCCUUUGACAAUAAAAACAGGAGUUUUUGUAAGGGCAGGUCAGAACGCUCUGUAGAACUGAUCGGAGGAGAGGUUCGAUAGAGUGUUCUCCUUUUGCAAAAGCUCUACAUAAAAUUCAUAUACGUUGUCUGUGGUUCUUUCUUUUAUUUAGGUUCGAAAGGAAAAUACCUAUCAAGAUUCAUCUGUCUAAUGAACAUCAUUCCUGUAAUCCCGAUCUUUGACUAUGUUCUUUCUGGCAAUAUAAGGGUUUUUUUUGUUCUCUCAGAGCGAAUGUUUCCUGUUGUUUUUUUAAAAUUGUUUAUUAAGAAACACAUACUUAAGAGUACAGUUGGGCGCGCUGUGGUGGCGUAGGGUCUAGCGCGACCCACGUUUGGAGGCCUUGAGUCCUUGACGCGGCCGUUGCGGGUUGAAACAUGACAAAAAUGUUGUAAAGUUCAAGGCGCCAUACGUGUCGGACAUGUCCAACCCAGAUCUUUCAAAAUCAGUUUUCCUUUUUACAUUUCAGUCCAUCCCAAUUAUCACAGUAGCUGUCAAAACUUGUGUUUCUUUUAGGAGCAGCUUGCCACCUACCCUGCCGACUAAAGGUCAAGAGAGGAAGUGUUUAUUUUCCAUGGCCUGUGAACUGGGUCAAGCCACGUAAGCAGGAAGUGGAGGAGUUUAAAAAAUGGCCCUAAUCAAGGCAAAAUAUUCACACUGUCAGCUUUACUGCAGACAAACGGUUCAGAUUGAAUAAUUGUGCUUGACUCUUCUUGGAAUUGGUUAGAAAUUAUUUAAUUUUAUAUCUUAAACAGUUUGUUCAGUAUUAAUGUAAAGAACUCCUAAAUGGUCACUACAUACUCCAAAUGUAUCUUCUUCUUGAUGCUAAGAUGCAAUGAAAAAGGUAAAUUAUUGACUUGAUGCUUUCAAUUGAAGUCUUCCCUCUCAUUUGUUUUCAAACUGCAGUCUUACGGUGCACAGUCUUUGCUGAACUAAUGAAUCCAUCCACUUGCUUCAAAGAGGAUUACAGCUCCUUCUGCUUAGCUUAGUUACCUCAAAUUAGGAUGAAGCUAAAGAGAGAUCUGCUGUCUACAGCAGCCAUCUGUCUGCCAGGUGGACAGUCGGGAGCUGCCGGCGCUGAUGGAGACCAGACUAGAGCUGGAUGUGUUGAUAUACCCUGACGAGGUGAGGGUCGCCACCCCGGAGGACCUCAGGCAGUGGGACCUGGAGACCGCCAGCCAGGUCUCCAUCCCCACCGCUCGACUCUUUGUGGCUCUUUACCCGUACAACCCGGCUGCCAUGUCUCCCAACCCUGACACGGCGGCGGAGGAGUUGCCCUUUGUGCCUGGCCAGAUCAUCAAGGUGUUUGGAGACAAAGACUCCGAUGGUUUCUACCAUGGAGAGUCUGGUGGUCUCUCCGGUUACGUGCCAAGCAACAUGGUGGCUGAAGUCCCAGUGGACGACGAGUACCUGAAGCAUGUUCUCAUGCUGCAGGGUUUCCUGCCCGUGGACCACACAGGUAUGUCUUUAACACCAGAGCUAAGUGAUGUUGCCAGCAUUCAUGAAGAUGUGAUUGUUAGAAGAAUGGUGGCCUUAUUCGACUACGAUCCAUGGGAAAACUCCCCCAACAUGGACAGUGAAGUGAGCGCUUCAAAUGUCAAACUAACCACAGACUUCUGCAUAUUACUUAUCUAUAGGGGGGUCUUCAACCCUAAAAUGAAUUUCCUUGGGUUUCAGGUCGAACUGGGCUUUCGAUCUGGAGACAUCAUCUAUGUGUUGGGUGACAUGGAUCAAGACGGUUUUUACUUUGGAGAUCUUCACGGAAGACGAGGUUUGGUUCCCUCGAACUUCCUGCAACCCUUACCCUGGAGUUAGACACCGUGCUAACACCUCUGCUACUAAUACCAAGUCACAUACACAAUCAAAUCAGCAGCUUUUACUGAGAAAAUGUAAAUAUGUCAAAUAUUUGUGUAUAUUUUUAUUUUAUAUAGUAGUGUUGUAUUACUUUUGCUGUAGAAGGCCUUCAAAGUAUGACAAGUAGCCCUCCACAACAAUCAGGAUGAUGAACAAUGAAGAGAAACAGGUUAUAGGAUAAGAUUCUUUAUUGAUCAUUUUAAAGAAAAACUCCAACUCACCUUAUAGGGGAAAAAAAAAGAGACAAUUUUUAAAACCAUGAUUUAAUCAAGAAUAUAUAUUUUUUUUGUAAUCCAGCAAAAUUAUUUCCAGAGAAUUUAACUUGAAGGAUGUCUGGUGACUUCUAGCCUUAAAAAAAUACACUUUUAGUCACAGCAUUGUGCAGACCAGAGUGUCUGAAUCUAGUUUGCCUUAUAUUGUGUUCAUCUGCUUUCUAAAACAUGCUUAAUCUCUGAUGCAAGAGGUAAUAAAUAACACAUUAAAACAUUCAUGUAAAAACAAAAAAGCUCAGAAAACCAAGUUAAAGCAACAACUGCAACAUCAUGCUUCCAUCUACAGAUCAGACUUAAUCAUUUCCUCAACAAAUGUUAUCAAUAUUAACAUCAAUCUGUUGGUUAAUAGAAUAUUGUACAAAGUAUAAAGAAGUUCAAAUCAAGUGCAUGAACUUCGACGUCAUCUGGCUUGAUUCUUCUUUAACUCUCCUCUGCAGCUAACAGUAUACUCAUCCAUAAAGUAGGAAACACUACACUGUGUAGUGAAGUUUAGUAGUGCUUUCUACUUUAUGGGUGACAACACUGUAUGUCAGUAGCUUCUGGGCGCUCCCGCUCAAACUCCGAAGAAUGACGGCGAAGGUGAAGGUGAAAGCUGGUUUCCACAAACGUCCAACUCAACAUCAUUCAACAAAAAAACAGAACAAAACUACCGAAGCGUAGUGUAAAAUCAAAUUGAUAAUGAAGCAUUUUAAUGUAAAAAGAGACAAAACGGUAAAAACAACCAACAAGUUUCCCAAUGAUUAGAUAAACCCACUAAUCAAGAUCUUACCAGCGUUUCGACUUCUGAAGAAGAGAGGAAACCCAGAAGUGAGCGCGAUCUUUUUAUUAACCCUGUCUGAACCACGUGGUCAACACAGGAAAAGCUCACACACGCACCCGCACGCACGCGCACGCACACUUGUGGUUAGCAUGCUGAAGUGUCUGAACACAUCCUUAAAGCUGAAAUAAAAGUUAAUUGCCAUAAAAUA